AUGCCUCCCGUGGUGUACCAACGGUGGACGCAGGAGCAGAGCCUCCGGCUCCGGCAACUGGUGGAGGAGAGACGGCUGGUUGUCGGCACCUCUGGAGCGAAGGAUUGGACGAACAUCGCCAGGAAGCUGGUGGAGCAUCACGGCAAGAAGUGGAGCGUUAUCGCGAGCCAGCUCAAGGCAGAGAACGGCAAGAUGACGCGCGUCGGCAAGCAGAUCCGGGAGAGGUACCUGCACCACCUGGACCCGAACCUCAAAAAGGGGGACUGGUCCGUGGAAGAGGUGCGCUGGUUGUCUGUCAUUCUGCCUGUUCACAUCCCUGUUCCUGUUCACAUGUUGUACGCGCACGAGCGACGGCAGAGAGAGAUCUCGCGAGCUUCCGCGUCGUCGACGGCGGCGGCGGCGACGGAGACCCCGCCCAUCGUCGUGCAACGCACAGCAAGGCCUUUCCCCAUGUCCGCGAACCCUUAUCUGGCCAGAAUACUUCCUGCUCCCCCCCCUCCGGUCUUGGUCUCGGCGCCCUUGGCCGCCUCCCCCGUUGCUUCCCCCCCAGCCCCCGCUUCUGCAGCCCCGGCCCUUGCUGCCGCUCCUCCUGCUCUUGCCCCGGCCCCCGCCGAUAUCCCGCCGCUCAUUGAGCAGCGGCAAGUUCUGUCGGAGUCGGAGGAUGGCGGGGAGCAUCACCACAGCGGCGGUGUCGGCGGGGUGCUGCUGGAGCGGCCGCAGGAGCCGCCGACUUCGGCGGCGCCGGGGGGCCCGGGAGACUGUCAUUUCCUUGGGGGGGGGGUCGUCGACGGCGGCGGCGCCCCCGAGCAGCACGAGGAGUCCGUUGAGGUGGAAGACAGACACGGAGACGGUAGCAUCGAUGAUGGCUUGCUCCUCCAACAGCCGGCGGGGGACUACGACCCCACUCACGUCGCCGGGAGCGGCGGCGACGGGGGCCACGGCGGUGGCAGCGGCGGUGGUGCAGAUGGCGGUAUUGACGACCACGAUCACGGCGACAUGAUGAUGAUGAUAAUGGCUUCGCAUGCCAUGCCGCUGCCGCCGCCACCAGCCCCUGCGGCGGCACCAGCGCCUGCCCCGGGAACGGAUGCCGGGGGGGUUAUGGUGGGCCCUGUGGCGACGGCGGAGGAAGAAGUUGAUCCAGGGCAGGACUUCGGAUUGCCGCUGGCCAAACGCGCUCGGAUUGACGGCGGCGAUGACGGCGGCGGCGGUGGUGGUGGUGGCGGCGACCCGGGUGGAGAGGGUCAUCAUAUGCUGAUUGAUGGCAGCGGCGUCGGCAGUGCAGGUGUGGGUGAUGUAGAAGACGAGAACACCGUUGCUGAUAGCUUCGUGGGGAGCGGGUUCGGCAGCGAUGAGCAUCCGGCCGUGGAUGCCGGCGGUGGUGGCGGCGGUGGGGAUGGCGACCGAAUUGAUGACGACGUGGUUGGAGCCGGCAGCGGUGUGAUGGACCACUUCAGCGCGACAGAAAUUGGCGGCGGCGGCGGCGGCGGCGAAGACGGCGGCGGCCUGGAAAGGUUCGAACAAGCCGGGACCAUCGGUGACGGCGACCUGGAGAGGUUUGAGGGGGCGGAGGCAACGGGGGACGUCGACAACGGUGGUGGCAGUCUCUCCGCUGUGGCCCGCCUUGAAGAACACCACCGGCACCACGCUGGCAUCGGUUCUGAUGGUGAAGGUGGCCACGACGGUGUUGACGGAGGCGACGCAGAUUGCGUGUUCCCUGGGUGGGACAGACUCAGGAGCGAAGACCCAAAGAUGCACUGAGUCCUGCAGCAUUACCUAUAUUUUUUUUACCGUUAACCUUGGCCCACCACGUUGAACGUUUCGUCAUAUUUGUUCGUUGUGUGUGCGCGAUUUUGGUACUGCUAGCGUGUAUCAGCUUGUUCUGUCUUGGCUAAGGUGUACAGAGUAGUUGUCUUGUAUUGGUCUUCCGUCCGCGGUUUGAGUGUGACUGCGGAUCGAUGUUUGAACUGAACGAUUGGCACGAGGUGAUGGGGUAGACAUGGAUCGGUGGAUCAAUGGUUCUGGUGUGUGCGUUUUGCGCGUCCGCGUGCAAUAGCACGAGGUUUUGAGUGAUUUCGAUGUUGUGAAUUUCCGGUACUACACAUGCAUGAGUGCCGCCCAUUUGUAUGCAUCGUUGGGUGAAGUGGGGUGUCGUCGUUUUUUUCCGUGUCUGCGUUCGUGGGUGGCUCACUGUGGACGAAUCGUGGUACCGUGCGACCUUCGACGGUUCACACAACAUCAACAUCUCGGCGUAUUUCAUGUCAUGAUUUGCUGCGAGUGUUGUCCUGGCGUAACGCCGGUUGAUCCCUCUGUCUGAAAACU